GCUUCAUGCUUAGUGUGUGGGAGGGACUAAAAGGAAAGCCACGGCGUCGUGCAGGGUGGGGGGGUUGGAGACUGGAUGCAUUCAGCAAGGAUUUUCUUUCCUUAUCUCCGAACGCGUUGCGUGGUCUCAUCCGCCCUCGUGCUGCGGAAAGCAGUCAGAAGGGAUGAAGAAGUAGCACGGGAUGCUGGCGGGUGAAAACAGCGUGGGAAGAUCCUCCGGCGGUGAAAUGGCUUCUCCAGAGCAGCUUCCCGCAGAUGGUGGGGGCAAAGAGCCCGAAAACACCAACCUCCCGGACCGGGUUUCUCCUGCUCUUCGUCUACACUCCAUCCGUAACUCUGCUGGAUCAACAGGAGAGGCGUUCCACGAGGAGGGCGGCGGUGUUCCGGUCCGCAGCAGCCUUGGCCAGUGUCUUUCAGCACCAAGGACAGCGCCGCGCCGGGCUGCCACGGAGAAAAUCCGGGUGUGUUGCGAUGAGGAAUUAGAGACCUCUUUCACCUUUGUUGAUGAGAAUGUUAACCUGCGGAUGGCCAGCCCAGACAUCAGCUGCAAAAGUACUCUAAGGCCUGUGCACAACGGCGAGCCCUGCACCGAGACUUUACCGGAGCUUUCCUUUAUGUCCGAGGACGACCUCUCCUUCGGUGAGAGCUCCGGGACCUCAGUGGACUACGGCUUUAUCAGCGCAGUCACGUUCCUGGUGACUGGGAUCUCCUUGGUAAUCAUCUCCUACGCCGUGCCUCGGGACGUGAUGGUGGACCGGGACAGUGUGUCGGCACGGGAGAUGGAGAGGCUAGAGAUGGAGAGCGCCCGGAUAGGUGCGCACCUGGACCGCUGCGUGAUCGCGGGACUCUGCUUGCUCACGCUGGGCGGCGUGGUGCUCUCCACGCUGCUCAUGAUCUCCAUGUGGAAGGGAGAAAUGUACAGGAGGAAGCUGUUGGCUUACUCCAAACGCUCAGCCAAACUGUACGGUUCCAUCAGCCUGAAAACGAGGUCAAGUCCCAGCCACUCCUCUGCGCACCUGUCCAUAGAAGAGGAAACGGUGGACACUUUGACUUAAGCUUAAACAUAUAAUGAAACAAGCCAUUCAGACACACUUUACAAAUAUUAAAAUUGUUCAUCUUAAUCAUGAUUUUGUUGAAAGGGGCGUGAAAGAAUGCCAUCACAUCAGAAUUUCAGAAUAAAACAACAUGUCAAAUGAUUUAGAUCUCAUUAAAAUGAUCAGAGAGUGACUAAAGACACACCGAAUCAUAUAUUUUAACCUAAUAGUUUUAUUAUAAAAGUAAUUUGUUUAUUCAUGUGAAUCAAAGCCACUAAACUGCACAGAAGAAUGGGACAAGCCUGUCCCUGUGGCAAGUGAGUAAGAGUUAGCAGUGCUGUAGCUGUCCCUGUCUGCUGGGGACUCAGCUCAGUGGUCCACGUGGUAAUAUCCAGUGACAGUUCCUCUCUGGUGCAGUGCUGAGGUAAGCUUGCUAGCCUGCCCUGAUGCAUCUGAGCCAAACCUCUCUGUGCAGCAGGAGUCUCAGUUCUCCAUCUGAACAGCAGCAUAUAUUUGGAGUCAGACCUUGAAACGUGAUCCUGGAAAAUCACAAACAGAGUGUCUGCAACUGUUCCAGCUUGGUCAGCAUUUCCGUAUCAGCUUGCCUUUUCUUUCUCCAUCCACCAGUUGAAGAUGUGUUUAGGCAUAACUAAUCACACAUGAAAGAGUUGCCCUACUUUCAAAACCUUAAGCUGCCUUGACUUCAAAGAGCCAAUUACCUCUCUAAUGUGGGAAAUCACUCUUUUAAAAGCUAUAAUCGGUCUUGUUACAGUGAUUUGUUCAUCAAAUGUUUGCAGAUUAACACAUAAGAGAUGUGUCAAACACCAUCUUGCUAAAAGAAAAAAAAACAGUUACCACCCCAAAAUGGCCCACUUCACUGUCCCCUCUCUCUCCUCCUCAUGGCUCUAAGCAGAGAGCUAAUUCUGCACAAUUCUCCUGAAAGACAAAGCCUUCUUUUGUGCGGGCAACCCAGCAAGGCUCAUAAAUCAUGCAUGAACUCUUUCUAUUUGCAGAAAUUAAUUUUAACAGCCAAAUGGUGCAUUCUUGAAAAAAAGUAUUAGUGAUUUCUUUGCAAUGUCACUGUACCAAUUGGUUUCUUUUGUGAUUUGCUGGCCUGUGUGACCCUGAUCAAAACUCACAUUCAAAACGACACGAGUCAGCCUCCGACAACGAGACAUGUGGGUUGAUUACUUUAUAGCAAAUGGCUCGAGGUUGUGCUGUUGCUGUGCCUUCAGUGGUUGGCUUUGUGAGGACUCACUGCAUCUAGGUGCAUUUUCAGCAGUCAAUGCAGUGACGGGAAUAAAAUUUGUGUUUUAGGAAAAAAUAUCUGAGGAAAUUUGGGUGAGAGCCUGCAGGGUGAGGUAAUCCCAUUUUGUGUCUUUUUAUGUUCUGUUUUUAGGACAACAGAGCUGACAAAAUGUGUGUGCAAUCCUGAAAAAUUACAUUGAUAGUUCAGAAAGGUCAUGCAAUGCCAAAUGGAUUCCAAAUUAUUACGGGAAAGGGAAUAAAAUGAAUGACUGAGUGAGGUAAUGUUGUCCUUUUUGUCCUCGUGGAAUUGAAUGUUUCAUUUUGUAGCAGAUCAUGAUGUUUUUGGCUGUGAACAUGAAACAAUCAGCUCCAGGUUGUUGAAAAUUUAGUUUUUGUUGUUCUUCCUCAAAUGGAUAAUUUGACUGUUUAACACAGACUCAUGCGGAAAGAGCCUUGGUUUGAAGAAACAGAGAGUAGAUCUGACCAAACCCAUGAGCUACUA